CUGCCUCCAGCGCCCGUCGCUCCGUGGACGUUGCUAGAACGUGAAGGCAUCGGCGGCGGCUGCGGAGGCUGCGGCCGGCCCCGAGACACCCCGGCGAGGGGGUGGGAAGGACCAGGCGCCGAGGCUCGCGGCCCGCUCCGUCCCCGCUCGCAACCGGACAGGGUCUGGGCAGCAGCGGAGCAAGGCAGCAUGACCCAGGGAAAGCUCUCCGUGAACAACAAACCUCCCAACCCCGAGGGGCAAGGGGAGAAGAAGGACACGGCUGCCGCGCCGCCGGCCCCUCCGACCUAUGAGGAGGCGACGGCGGGAGAGGGGAUGAAGUCGGGCGCUUACCCUCCUCCCCCGUCGGUGCCGCUCCAUCCCAGCUGGGCGUAUGUGGACCCCAGUACGAGCCCCAGCUAUGGCAGUGGUGGGUACCCCGGCGACACGGAGAUGCUCACAACCUUCAGCUGGGAUGACAGGAACGUGCGCAGGGUGUUCAUCAGGAAGGUUUAUGCCAUCCUGAUGGUCCAGCUUUUGGUCACAGUCGUUAUUGUGGCUUUCUUCACCUUCUGUGAGCCGGUCAAAGGGUACAUCCAGAUGAACCCUGCCUGGUACUGGGCGUCCUAUGCUGUUUUCUUUGUGACCUACUUGAUUCUGGCUUGCUGCUCUGGACCCAGGAGAUAUUUCCCGUGGAAUCUGAUCUUGCUGAGCAUCUUUACUCUCUCCAUGGCUUAUCUCACCGGGAUGCUCUCCAGCUAUUACAAUACCAAGUCGGUCCUCCUGUGUCUGGGGAUCACGGCCCUGGUGUGUCUUUCUGUCACCAUCUUCAGCUUCCAAACGAAGUUCGACUUCACCUCCUACCAGGGCGUCCUCUUCGUGAUGCUCAUGGUGCUCUUCUUCGGCGGCAUCAUUCUGGCUGUGAUACUGCCCUACCAAUACGUCCCUUGGCUCCAUGCGAUCUAUGCCCUGCUGGGUGCCAUUAUCUUUACUAUGUUCCUGGCAUUUGAUACCCAGAUGCUGAUGGGGAAUCGUCGGUACUCACUGAGCCCAGAGGAAUACAUCUUUGGAGCCCUCAAUAUCUAUCUGGACAUAAUCUACAUUUUCUCCUUCUUCCUCCAGUUCUUUGGCUCCAGCCAGGAGUGAGUGCAGCAAGGCAGUGUCUUCUCUUUGCUAUCAAGACGCAUGUUUAAAAAAAGAUUAAAAGGAAAAGAGGAAAAAAAAUAACCACCCUUUUUGGCCCACUAGCAGGCUCCAUUCCAUCAGCUGAGUAAAGCCCCUGGGUUCCUUAUGCAGCUUGUAUAUAUGCUGUUAAGCGUUUGUGACCCAGAAAGCAAAGCAGGGCUUAAGUGUUGUCUCUCCUGCUCCCUCUACUUCUGCUGAGAUCAAACCAAACCAGAGACUGGGAGGCAUCAGGCCAAGUUCUUCUUUUCCCCAAAGGCUGCCAGAGUUGCCCAUCUGGGUCCUGUACAUUGCAGGAGGCUGAAAUGCUGUGACCUGCUCUGAAAAGGGAAAAUAUUGAAGGAAGGAGAGGCAGGGAAUUUUGUUAGGAUCCCGGCAGGAAAACCAGCUGAACAAAAGGGAAAGGCUAGGGAAAUUCUUGUAUCUCCCCUGCUCUUUACCUGCAUUUUUUCACAGAGCCUCAUGGCCUCUGCAGAGAGAUGCUCUAGAUAGUGCCUGCUUUUGGAAAGGCUGAGCAUGGGAUCACAUAGUCUGGAUGUCCUUCUAGCAACCAGUCCUCCGGGCACAAAGGAACCUGUUGUUCAGGACAUGCAGCCUCUUUGAGGACAUCCCUAAUGCAGGAAGAAUUAGUCUGGCUGUGGGGCUGAGAUUGUGCUCGCUCUCCUCCCAGCCUGGGGUAGCAGGAUUGCUGGCGUCCCCCUGCCCCAGGGGACACAUGUCAGUGCUCUCUAAAGUGUUGGUCUUCACCCAGGAAGGCUGUGAUCCAAUGUGAGGAUUACUGACAGGUAAUGGCAAAGAAUGGAUGAAAGACUGAGUUGCAGAGUCUGCAAAGUCAGGAACCUCCUCUUGUGGAAAAUGGGGAUGACAUCCACUGAUCCAUCAUAAGGAUCUUGAUGUCUUCAUGCUAGUGUCUUGAUUGCUAGAGAUUAAUGGUCCUAAGCAGUGCAGAGACUAAGGCCAAGGUGAAUGCCCAUUGCUCGGAAAAGUGGGCACUUCUGUCGCCAGCACCAGCAUUGCCUCUUCCUUUUGCUCUGGUUGUUUUCCAGCUCUGCUCCCCUAAACAGGGAUGUCAGCGAGGGCAUGGGAUGCCUCUGAGUGCACAGGUAACUUUCCAUCUUCCCCUGCUCACAUUCCCCUGUUUGGGGAUCAGCUGGCUAAUUUCUAACUGUAAAGCUCCAGGUGGAGAUAAGAGGCCUUUUGCUCUUAUUUAGAAAGUGAUCCUUCCCACUGAUAGAAACCCGUAUCUUCAAUCUCCCUGGGAACGCCAAGGUAAGUGCGUCACUGCACUGCCUCUAGCAAUCCCUGCGUGUUAGAGAGAGGCUAUGCCAAAAUGCUCCAUACUGCACAUUCCUCCUCUGCUGCUGCCCUGGCUUUUACCCCUCACAUGUUGUAUCCUCCUGCCACAAGUGUUCAAUGCCCUGAGCUGGGCAGAGGAAGAGGAAAGUUACUGUGCAAAGAGUGAAAAUGCUUUUGCUAGCUAAGCUCCCUCCUGGGCCUUUCUUGCCUUUGGACCCUGAGUGGCUGCACUGACCUUUGCAGUGACAGCAGCAACAGAACUGGUGCCUCCCAGCUCCAAAAAACCCCCACUUUCUGGGAUAAAAGACUAUUAGGUGAUGGCAGCAUUAAGUCCAUGACCCACUGCCUUGAACUGUUGAGCAGCCAGAACUGGGAGAGGCAACAGCAUGGGAGACACCUCAGAAGUUUAUGAAAUGGGAGUGUAGAAAGGGAAUUUCCUGGCUCAAGCAUUGCUCAUGUCAGACCCACGCGGGUGCUGCUGAAAGAUUUUAGCAGACUGGAUGCACAGCCUCUGCUCCAGUAAGAGGCUGUGUUGCUCAAAGCAAAAGGCCUGUAGGUAUUUCUGCUUUCCAGCUUUUGAGGGAGGAGUAUGGUUGGAGUUAGGUGAAAAGUUCUCAUACUCUGAAAGAGCUCUAAAAAUUGUCCUCUGGAAGGCACUUCAGACCUGAGCUCUGCAGCUACCCCCUCUCUCUGCACUGGCACUCCUCCCAACUGGUUCUGGACCUGGGGAGGAGAACACUGGUCUGCAGCCCACUCUGGUUCUCUUGUUCUUUUUCCUUCUGGUGUGGAGUGACUUGUCUUCUGCUACUGUUGCCUGAGCUGUUGUUACCUCCUGGCUUUCUGCUCCCAAGUAGGAAACGUCUGCAUGGCACCUGCAGCGCCUUUUCCAGGCCACCCAAGCAGAGAUGGCUUGCUGUCCUCCCGUGUCCCUUGACAGAACCAUGGGGCUCCCUUCUUGCAUGUCUCCUGGGUCCUGUUCUGCACUGAACCCUUUGCCCUUCCCUGUCACCCAUCCAAGCCAGGUCCCGGCCUUUCCCUACCGAAAGCACUCAUAUUGAAGCAGUGAGUAAUGUGUAAACACUCAGAGGUGGAAGUCCCCACUGGGCUGAAUAACGCAGAUUUAGGCAAGUUCUUCCUGGGUUCUCUGACCCACUGAGCACGGGAGGUGCAGGGCUGUUUCUCUUCCUCUGCAUAGAUGUCCUUUAUCUGAGGUUUGCGUCAUCCAGGCCCUGGCUCUGUAUCCCCUUGCUCCUUUUGUCCAGCUGUUCUUAUGAUUUCAUUGUAAAUAGGAUUUUGUAUUUUCUCUGAACAUUGCUAAUAAAUUGUUGCAAAACUGUU